GAUGCAGCACAGUAUCUCUUGCGCUAGCGGAGGAGCUGCAGAGCAGUUGUUGCUCCAUUUCCUUUGAAAGGCUAGUUAAGUCUGGAGAUCAUUUCCUGUCAGCGGUGAGCUGUAUUAUAAGCCUGCUGCUUCAGAGGGCCCUUUGCUUUGAUAACUGACUCUCUUGCCUUCCUAGCAUGCCUCUGUGUUAGAAACACAGAGCGUGUCAGAAUGUGUGUGUGUGUGUGUGUGUGCUAGUUUGUGUUUAACAACAGUAUAUGCACGUCUAAAGUUUGUAUGUGCACCAUGUGUUUCUGUUACUGCUGACAACAGCUUCAGGUAUCCAAAGCAGCAGCAGCAGUAGCUGAGGGGAGAGAGUGGGAGCCUGUUAAAGUUUAAUGUUUGUUUACUGCACAUGUCACUUGUCGACCCUCUCGGUUACCGUGGCCCCCGGCAACCGGCAGCUCGGGGCUUUAAAAUCCCAACAACAAAUCAUCACUGGGAUUAGAGGAGAUCAAAGAGAGCUAAACUGUAACUGCAUAUGGGUAAUCUGCUUGACCUCAAAUUGAAGAUGACAAGCCAGGGGCUCGCUCAUUUCCAGCAGCGUAUUGCAGCUGUAUGGUCACGAUUUACGGCUGGAUCAGUGAAGGCCGGCCAAAUGAAGCCUGUCAGUCUGUUCCAGGUGUUCUUCGCUGCAUCUGUAUUGCGGGUUCAUGAGCGAAUGCGUCGUGAGGAAAUUUUAUACGAGGCAGUGUGGUGCAUCACAUUUCAUCAUAUGAAGUCAUUCUGUGUUGUCAUUUGUUAAAUUUAGAGAGUACGCUAUAAGAAGGACUGGUACUAAGUUAUACCCUCUCAGCUCUGAGCAGUCACAGUUCAUUUAGUCGUCUAAGUUUGAAUGGAAAAAAAAAAACUUUGUUCCAGCCGUGACAAUAAGCGAGCAACGCAGGGGACCUGCCUGCAGCAAGUCUCUGUGGCAACUGCAUGCACGGCCGAGGACGGAUAUCACGUCUCCACACUGUGAUGAGCAGAAAGAGUGAAAGAGUCAGGAGGGAGAGGGGGAUCUUGGUUUCAUGGUUUGUGUGGGGGGGGAGCUAGCGUUACACGAGAGAGAAUCGGAGUGAUGACAUUGUUCCUAAGUGCCAGCUGAGUGCACCUAUACAUCGGCCUCUGUGGAGGAAGGUCUAUUCACCUGUCCGCAGAUGGGGCUUUUGGAUAAAGGGGCAAACAACAGAUGGGUAAAACCCCAUCAGGGUACAGUCUGCUGUGCUGUUGACACUUUGAUAGGUCUCAAGUUUCCUAAUUGUUUCAGAGGAAAUUAGGGAUUGAUUCUGGAUGGCAUAGGUCGGAGUCUCACUGGAAGCCAGAUGAAGGACCAUGAUGUCUGAAGAAAAGCCUCCAAGAUGGAUAUGGAUUAAAGAGUGAGCUGCACACUCAUAUGAUCUCUGAAUUUCCAAGUAUGAAUCUUGUCUUGCUUCAGUCUGAACAGGGGGAUUACAUUAGGUAAGCUGCAAAAAAACAAAACCGCAACAACAAAAAAAAAAACAUAUCAAUUCCAAGCUAUUAUCUUCAUGAUUUUAUAAUUAUCGUUUGAUAAUAGUGAUUGACGCUGCAUGUGUUCCUGUGUUACCGCUUCCACUGUUGGAUUCCUGAAGUAUCCAUCACUUCUGCAGAAAAUCAAAUGGAGAAAAAAUACCCAGCCAUCGCAGGAAGAGAGAAAGGGCCGGGACCUGGGCGCUAUGGGCUUCCUCCCACCAUUGGAUUUAUUGGCCAUGACUUCACAAAGCCAACUAGCCCUGCCUACUCUUUCCACGGCCGCAUGAGUGAUCAUAUGUACUGCGUUGACUCCAGUCCAGGGCCUCAAUAUCACGUUGAUGCAAAAAUCACUCGCUUUGGAAGGGAUGGUACACCUGCAUAUUCAAUGCUGGGUAGAAUGAAAGCACAGAAGGAGCUAUGCCGCACACCUGGACCUGGGGCAUACUACCCAGAGAAGGCUCCACCCAGCAACCUGCAGCGCAGACCCCCGUCCUACACCAUGGGCUCACGCACACACUACCGCAGCACUGACUCUGUCCCUGCUCCCAACAAGUACUGUCUUCCUCCACUCAUUGGCCCCCAAGUCCCCAACAAACCAGCCAGCGCAAGCUACACAAUGUCAGGUAGUUUCAGCACAGGGGGACCAUCUGUGGAUUUAGCCAAAACGCCUGGGCCUUGCAGCUACAAUAGUACAGACCCUAGUGUUUAUUUGCCCCGGCAACCAGCAUUUUCCAUGCUGGGGCGUCACAGCUUACCCAGAGAUGGCACCCGGAAGCCAGGUCCAGGAACUUACAAUCCAGAGAAAGUGACUGUUCACAAAGCUCGGGCACCAUCCUACUCCCUGGGGAUCAGACACUCAGAAUUUGUCACCCCGCUGGUGGUCAGUGUCUCUGACUGAACAUCAGUGGAAACAUGUGUGGGGGGGAAAAAAUUACACAUAAAAAACAUGUAUGUAGAAGUGUAUUUUAAUUUGUUCUCUGAGUAACAAAGAACUGAUCAAAUCAACUGUAACUCAAAAAGUAUGGCAAAAGUAUGUUACACAGAAAUAAUAUAUGCACAUUAACACAAACAUCAGUUUAAAGAACAGGCAAUGUUCAAAAACAGAAAAGACUGAGGGAAAUAGGUAGUUGAGCAAAAUAAAACCAUAUGCUCAUAGAACCACCAAAACAAAUUCAUCUUGACAAAAUAAGAUCUUAAAACAUUUUUUAAAAAAUGUGUUAGAAGUGUAGAAUUGACAGGCAAAUGUUCACCUUCAUACUUAUGUUAUCAUUCACAGUGGAAUCAAAUCAAAGCAAUUUGUCUCUCAUUACCUCUAAAAAUUGAGGGUGUGAAACAACAGCAAAAAAAAAAAAAAAGAUAAAGUACAGAUUUUCUAAACAACAAUUUAUAACAUACAUAGAGAUAUAUGUAGGCAGAAACAAUAAA